AUGAAGGAGGAAACAGGAUCUUUUAAAAAACGACACCAGAUGAAGUUAAUAGAUACAAAUGGAAAAUUAAUCAUUGACAAACAAAAUAUUAAAAACAAAUGGCAAUCAUAUCUGGAAACAGUUUUUCAAGACCAAAGGCCAGAAAUUAGUUACCCAACUCUAAAAUUAAUCACAGGUCCAGAUAUUGAAGCACAAGGUCUUGGAGACAGCAAUCGAACAACUAAAAAUUAAGAAGGCAGUGUGAUCAGAUAACACCGAGACUAGGUUUUUAAAACUAUUAGACAGAGAUAGAAUAACCUGGAUCAUAAACAUUUUUAACAAUGUUUACAAUUCAGGAACUAUUCCGGAAAAGCUUCUACAGUCGGAAUUUAUAGUACUGCUCAAAAAUCUUGGAGCCAAAGGGUGUGAAAAACAUAAUAUAGGACUAUAAGCUUAAUAAGUCACCUGCUAAAGCUAUUGUUUAAGGUUUUCUGUAAAAGAAUUUAUUUAUAAAAAAAAUGCGGAGAAUAGUUAUCAAAUAACCAAUUCAAAUUUAUAAACGCAGUUGGCACCAGAGAUGCAUUUUUUGAUGUUUAGGUUCAAAUUCAAAGAUGUAGAAACGUUAUUAAUAAUGUGUAUGCAUAUCUUGAUUACGAAAAGGGUUUUGAUCUUAUUUGACAUCAAAAGAUGAUGAAGCUGCUGAAUUAGAUGACAAAGAUCUCAGAAUAAUUUCUAAUUUAUUUUGGAAUCAAACAGUGUGCAUGAAACUAGAUGAGGAGGAAACAGAGCUAGUGAACAUAUCACAAGGAGUCAGACAAGGUUGCAUCCUCUCGCUAUUAAUAUUCAAUAUGUACUCGGAAAGAAUUUUUAACAAUGCCCUCAACGAAGAAUAA